GACCUUUGGAACAACGACCGACGGUGUUAUCCGAUAUGGGUCGACUGUAUACGUCUGUGCGAUUUGAAGACACUAAAACCGAGGGAAGACCUAGUAUCUAUCUGUUCAUCUUUGUCAACCCACUGUCUGGCGACUGUAAAGGACAAGACUUACUAGAAUUAGCGAUCCAGCAUUUCAGGUUGCGUCGGUUUCCUCAGGUCCAAGUCGAGAUCCACAAUAUCUUGGAUGAAAAGGAUCGGACACUUGGGUUUGAACGUAUCCAGAUUGUGGAGACGAUGGCUAAAUCUGGCAAGCUUCCAUGCUUAGACGAGGAGGAAGAGGAUACCGAGUAUAAGAUUGGUGCCACAGUCCGAACAAGACAUAUUCAUGUAUGGUCAUGUGGAGGAGAUGGUACCGUUAUGUCCUUGUUUGAACUUUUAGUAGAGAAUCAUAUUGAUCUGGACUACAUGUUUUUCUCAUGUAUUCCAUUUGGCACUGGUAAUGAUUUUAGUCAGGUGUUGGGGUGGGGUCGAACUAUACCACAUAAAGAUAUAUUGGGUAAACGCUUACAACAUUUGGAAACAUUGAUCACUGAACGAUUACAAAAGUCAGAAGCUGCAAGAUUGGAUGUAUGGGAGGUAGAGAUGUCUGCAUGCGAUAGUGGGUAUGUCAGACUGGCAGGACCACAGCGCAAGGAUGGUCAUGAUGUGCUUGAGAUUGAUGAACGCGAGCAGCAAGGUGAUUAUCCAUCCGUCACACGAAAGAUGUGCAAUUACAUGUCGAUCGGUGUGCAAGGUUACGUGGGUUCCGGGUUUGAGAAGCACAGGGCUGGGAAUCGCUUUGCCAAUAUGAUGGUCUAUACCUGUGAAAGCGCUAAAUGGGUCUUUUGGCGCAGAUUUCCUGCUGUGACCAAUUUUAUUGAGAAGAUCAUCUAUAACGACAAGACUGUGCUGGUGUGUCCGAAUCCAGAUGAUAAGAAGAGUAAUAGCAGCACAUCAGACAAUGCACCUACCAUGACGAAACAUCCAAUUGAUUUCGUCAUUCAAAACAUUCCACACAUAUGGGGAAGAGAGGUUGAUUUAUGGGGUGAUGCUUUGUCUGGUUUAGAAGUCGUGGAUGAUCGAUCUGGUCACACAGACCCUGAAAAUUGGAAACCACAGCUUGCUAAUGAUGGCAAGAUGGAAAUCAUGACUAUACAAGACAUGACAAGUUAUAUAAAGAAACUAGCCAAUAUCCGACAACAUGUUUCACGCGUGGGUCAGUUUGAGACACCCUUUGAGAUUGUAUUUCGUAAGCCUCAAGCACAAGCAGAAAAGAGUUGGUGGAAGACAUGCUUUGAGAAUAAAUAUAAGCGGGAUAAUGUCAUUUGUAUCAUGUGUGAUGGAGAGUUCUAUAUUAUCAAGGAUCCAAAGAGCUUAAAGUUCCGACGAUUUGCACAAGUCUGGACGUUAGGAAGACAUGAUGAAAAGGUCAAGGGAAGAUUGGUUCAAGAUGAACAGGUAUCACAACAACAGCAACAACAACAACAAUAGUAAAACGCAUAAUUAAUAUAAUAUAUACACAC